AUGUGGUGUAUGUGGCUUCACCUCGCCAGCCUCACGGCGGCCUGCCGGCCUCCGGUCUCCGAGACGCGCUUCGCGCGCCUCGCUGCCGCCGCCAUCUCCACCGGCCGGCCGCUCCGGCUCACAAACCGGAGCGUGCAGCUUCACGCUCCCUUCCGGCUGCGCUCGAGCCAGCGGCUGACAAUCGUCGGCGGCGACUUCCACGGCGACGGCCACUCCCUCUUCCAAGUCGAGGGCUCACGGCAGGGCCUCCUCGACCUGCGCGGCGUGCGGCUCCUCCACGCCUCCUCGGCGGAGCGCUCUGAACGGCGCGAGAGUGUGGCCGCGAGAAAGCGCCCCCUUCAUGUGGCAUCAGCCGGGUUUAAACCACCCAGGCGCGCGCGCGGCGCCGCCAUCUUUGUGCGAGGCAAGGGGCAGCUGGCGCUCGAGCGGCGAGCCACGCGAGCGGGGGCGGCAAGCUUGGACCUGCUCGGCUCGCGCCUGAGCGGCGCGGCGCCGCACGCCAUCUGCGCACGCGGCGAGACGCGGCUGGCGGUGCGGCGCUGCACGAUCGACGGUUCUGCGGUGCGCGCCAUCUACGCGUAUCACUCGGCCAGCCUCGAGGUGUCGGACUGCUCCAUCAGCGGGACACGCUCGGCGGAGGUGGGGGCGGUCGAGGCGGAGGCGGCGGCAGCGGUGGAGGUGGAGGCGCUGAGGCCGACGGACUGCGCCUCGCUCUCGCUGUCGGGCAACGCGUUUGCAGACAACGCCGGAGGGGACCUCGCCGUCCGGGGCAACGUCGCCUGGGUGGUUGGUGGGGUUGGCAUUGUCGGCUCAGGGAUUGCACACGGGCUGCUCGCUGCCGGCGCCACCGUGAUCGUGAACUCUCGCCACGAGCAGCGGCUGGAGAAGAUCAGCGAGGCGAUGGGCCACCCGGCUCGCCUCGUCACCGUUGGCGCCUCCAUGCUGCCGGGCCGCGCCGAGAUUACCGUGGAGCAAGUCAUGGAUAUGACCUCGAACCAACUCGACCACGUCGUGGCACAUGCGGGCGGGCGGCCGUGGGCGAGCGGCGGCGGCGACGAGACGUCGACCACCUACAACCGCGGCAGCGUCCUCCACAUUCCGGCCGACGAAUACGCCUCCGCCGCGUCGCAGCUCGGCUCCUUCCACUUUGCCGCGGCGAGCCUGCUUCUGCCGCGGCUCACUGAUGCGGGCAAAGGGUCCUACACCUUCGUCACGAGCAGCACCUCCGCCGCCUGGGGGCCUCGAUCGUACAUGACCCAGGCGCUCUGCGUCGCGAGGCAAAGGACGCGGGAUGGGCGUCGCGCGUCGGCGGAGCGGGAGAGCGAGCCUCGGGAGCGGCCACUCAGCCACACGAUCGGCAGCGUGGUGGCGGGGAUGGCGGCCAAGGGCGCAGGCGGCCUCGUGCAGGCCGACGACAUGCCGGAGCUGCUGCGGCUGGAACAGGAGCUCCGCUGA